UAGAAAAAGGUUGAAUACUUCUGAAACAAAACACUGCAGAUUAAUGUUAUAUGGCUUCGUCUUCCAACGGCUCUGUAUGUUCAGUCAUAGCGGGUCAGUUACAGUUUGCAAUUAUUAACGAUAACUUUCAGUAAUUUAGACAUUGGGCGGUGUUACAGAAAUACUUGCGAAACUCCAGUGAAUUUCUCACGACGACAUUCUAAAAACCACAAACCAAAAUGGCGGAAGCAAACAAGCCGGAAUGCCAGCUCCGCAGACGGCGGUCUUCUGGGAACCCCAACCUGCCCUUGAACCUCGACGUGGGGUACCAGGUCAGCGAGGGCGGGCCCAGCCAGGGCACCCCGUCGCCGAGCUGCGUGAAGUUCCUGCCCAACUCCCGGGAGCCGCGGGAGUCGUCGUCAGCUCACGCCGAGUUCAGGAAGAAACAGCAGUCGUUUGAUAUACAGGUGGAGCUAGUAGAAGAAUGUGAGGAAGAGGAGAUAAUAAUGGACAGUGACGACGACGGCGAGGAGCCGGUGGUGGCGGACCGGCCCAUCACGCCCACGCCAAUACAGGACUUCGCUGCCAACGUCACUUACAAAGAAGGUCAGAUAUCAGGACCACAGCACAGUGACUUCUUGAAGGUGAACACGGCGCAAGCGGAGUGCCUGACCGAUGUCUCCGACGCAGACUCUGAUGGCGAAGAAUAACUUCCUACUAUAAUAUACUUCUAUCUACUAUGUAUUAUUUACUUA